AUGUAUUAUCAUCAUAAUCAUCAAGGAAAGAGCAUUCAUUCUUCAUCAAGCAUAUCAAAUACACCAGAAAGGCAUUUAUUUCUGCAAGGUGGGGGCGAUUCAGGACUUGUUCUAUCAACUGAUGCUAAGCCUCGACUCAAAUGGACACUAGACCUCCAUGAACACUUCAUAGAUGCAGUCAAUCGGCUUGGAGGAGCAGAUAAGGCUACUCCAAAAUCAGUUUUAAAGCUAAUGGGAAUUCAAGGGCUUACUUUAUACCACUUAAAGAGUCAUCUUCAGAAGUACAGGCUCAGUAAAAAUCUAUAUAGGCAGACUAAUAAUGGUGACACUAAUAAAGUUGGUAUGAUCGCAACAACAGGAGAUGCCAAUGGUGAAACAAAUGGAACCCACAUGAGCAAUUCAAGUGUUUGCCCUCAAACAAACAACAACUUGGAGAUGAGCAAAGCAAUACAGAUGCAAAUUGAAGUUCAAAGAAGGCUACAUGAACAACUUGAGGUACAGAGACACUUACAGCUUCGCAUCGAAGCACAAGGGAGAUACUUACAAUCAGUUCUUGAAAAAGCACAAGAGACUCUUGGAAAGCAAAACCUAGGUAAAGUAGGAGUUGAGGCUGUAAAAGUCCAACUAUCUGAAUUGGAGUCAAAAGUAUCCACUCACUGCCUACAUUCUACAUUUUCGGGUAUUAAAAAUGUGUCGAUGCAGACAAAUCAGCCAACAGAUUGUUCAGACGACAGUAUCUUGACUUACUGUGAAGGUCAACAAAGUGAACAAGAGAUGAUAGGUUUGACCUUUUUAGAAUCCAAGAAGGUUGACAGUGAUCUGUCUAUGACGGUUGGGGGACAUAAAAGAAGUGAAUGGAACACCAGUAGAAGCUACAAUGAAAAAAGAUUUAUGUAUGGGGACGAGGAAGUCAUUUUAGAGAAUAUUGAGAGGCAAAAAAAGUUUCGGUUUCCAUAUAUUGGACAGAAACUGGACCUUAAUGCCCAUGAUGGGGAUCAUGUAGCUUCAAGUCACAAGUAGUUCGAUCUGAAUGGAGUUAGUUGGUAACUAACAAGGUGUAAUCUUGAAUGCAGAUUUAUCUUUUCUCAUCAAUGCCAUGAACAAGAAUUUUGAGCUAGUAUCUUGCCCAAUGGAUGUUUGUUUUACUUGAGGUCCCACAGAUGGCACACUGAGUUUAUGAAACAGACUAAGAGAAUUUCGUAAGAGGAAGGUUUGGUGAUUACGUGGUAACAAUUACAACGAACAGUCAGACGUACCUAAUGGGAGAACCUGAGAGUAAAGUCCGACCGUUAAAUCGGUGAGGGCUAUAUAUUAAGUGCCAAUUAGUAGCAUGGCAACUGGACCGAAGAGUACUUGGGAAAUGUAAAUGCAUCCCCAUCGAUUUCCCCAAUGGGGAAUCGGAAAUCCAGAUUUGGGAACUAAAUUCCAUGGAAACUCAAGAACGCAAGAAAAUAAGGUUUGGAGAUGAAUGUAUAUUCUAUCUUUCAAAAAUUAGUUUUCUUUAUGAACUUAAUUAAUUUUUUCUAUAAUGUUGAAAACUAUCAAAUGUGUAUUCUCAUAAUUUAGAAAUUUUAGACACCCCCCCC